CCGCCGGCUGGAGUCCCGCGUGCCUCGACGGCAUGGCUUCGCUGCUGGGCUCCUUCGCCUGGUCGGAGAGGCUGGACUGCUCGGCUCUGGAGUUGUCCGACGGGGGCAGCGGGAGCUCAGCCUCCGCGGCGCCCCGGACGGAGAAGGGCAACCCCGAAAGCCGCAUCCGACGCCCCAUGAACGCUUUCAUGGUGUGGGCCAAAGACGAGAGGAAGCGCCUGGCCGUCCAGAACCCGGACCUGCACAACGCCGAGCUGAGCAAGAUGCUGGGCAAGUCGUGGAAAUCUUUAACCGCAUCCCAGAAAAGACCUUAUGUUGAAGAGGCAGAAAGGCUGAGGGUUCAACACAUGCAAGACUACCCCAACUAUAAAUAUCGUCCCAGAAGAAAGAAGCAGGUCAAGCGGAUCUGCAAGCGGGUGGAACCAGGCUUCCUGCUGAGUAGCCUCUCCAGGGACCAAGACCACAUGUCUGAGAAGAGGGUGUGCAGCCGAGCAAUGGGUGAGAGGGAUGAAUAUUCAACUGCCUCAGUAAUGCCAAACCUCAGGAGAUACCAGGAGGUCCAGAGCAAUAACACAGGUACUCCGAUGGACACAUAUCCAUAUGGGCUGCCUACUCCUCCUGAGAUGUCACCCUUGGAUGUGAUAGAUCCUGAGCAGAGUUUCUUCUCCUCCCCUUGUCCUGAAGACACUCGUCAUCCCCGUAUGUCUGGAGACACCUAUUCUCUAGAAUAUGCCACCAGCCCUCUCCAAUGCAACCACUCUUUGGGUCACAUGCCAGUCUCUCAAUCAGCUUCCACGAUGCACUCUGCUUCCUCCAGUUGCCCAGCACCUCCCACAGGAAAUUAUUACUCUCCAGCUUUCCCUCCUAAUCUCCAAGUCCCCAACCUCCACAACCAUCUUGGGCAGCUCUCACCUCCCCCGGAGCAUCAGAACUUCGAUAGCCUGGAUCAGUUGAGUCAAGACGACCUUCUAGAGGAGAUGGACCGCAAUGAGUUUGAUCAGUAUCUCAGUGCCCCUGGACAUCCAGAGCCUAGUGGGCUCACCGUCAACGGACAUGUCCAGGUCUCUCAGACAGCAAGCAGCUCACACUCCUCAGAAACCAGCCUAAUUUCUGUCCUUGCAGAUGCAACAGCUACAUAUUACAAUAAUUACAGCAUUUCUUAGGUCAGAGAGAUGAGACUUCUCCUGUGGAUCAGUUUGCUAGCAGAGAGUUUCCUUUUCUCUGGGUUUCCCACCUUGAACUGAAAUAAUUUUGGGGGUCACUUUCUAGAUAAUUAUUCCAGUUUGCUGACAUUCUUUAUACCCAGUCUAACUAUUGAGCAUCUGUCUUCAGAAGUGUCUUUGUAUCCCAGUUAAAAGGAUACAUCUUCAGUGAUGCAUCCAGGCACCUUAGUACGUUGACUUAAAUUAAAGAAUCCUUGUUUUUUCAUCAAACUGAGGGGCCCUGACAGAGCUGAUAUAGCAUAAUAAUACUUACAAAUUUGGUCUAACUACAGAGGAAUGACAUCAGGAAAUAUACAUGACCACUUACGGAGUCUUUCAACCAAAGAUGCCCUUGAAUGCAUUUCCUCAAGAAAUCACUGCUAAGCAGACUCAGAUGUUUAGCUCUGUUUGUGUGUACGCAUUCAAUUUGUUAUGCAGAAUGUCUUCUCAAGUGUUUUUGCUCUUUGCUCAAUUGCCAUUUGUUUCCAUGGGCUCACAUAAGAGAUUUUUCACUACCAAAACUGAAACAGAAUAUGAAACAAUGUCAAAGGUGUGAUCACAGAAGCAUCAUUAUCCUUCUGGAUUGGGCCACUUAUCAUCUCAUCUUCCUGUUGUCUCUGCCAAAGAAAUUUUUAUCUUAAAAUAUCAGUAAGAUAUGCCCUAAUUAGAGUAAUCAAAUGAAUGUGUAGCUCUUUAAAAGUGUCCCUCUCCUAUCAACUCUUACAUUUUUCAAAUUCUACAAGGGUCUCAUGUUUCAAACCACCUAUCAUCUCUUUCAGUUUGGCAUAUGUUGACAAACUCAGAAUUGGUUAUAGCAAUAGGACAAAAUGGGUCAAAACAAGGUGGGACUUCAUCAUAUUCAUCAUAAGGUGUGAUUUUGUCAUAAUCAGUGGUCAAUGAGGCUAUAUAAUCUCAUCACUAAAUGUAGGUCAGAAGAAUUGCAUGUGGUUUGAACAACACUUUGCUAAUUCUCAUUGUAGUGCCUGUAUGGUAUUGCAAUUUUUAGGAAGGGUCUAUCAGUCACAAUGUAUGUUAGCUUUCUGUUUUUUUUAAAGCAAUACAGUUUGGCUGUUGCCCUUUGCGUCUUUCAGGAUCUUGUCUUUUUUCCUUGCCUAUGGAAGAGGUGUCAUAUGCUUGGGAACAACCAAGAAAGAAGCACCAGGUGCAAAUAAGAGCAUUUGUGAAUGCAUUUCAAGUGUCCAAAUAAGUGAAGUUAACCUCAAUAACAUUUUAAUUUUAGCGAGAAGUGUACAAAUCAUUUCAAGAUCAGAACUAAACAUUUCAGGGUGAUGAUGGUUCACUUAUUUUAUAUACCUUUAAUUCUAAUCUAAAUGCAUCAGGGGAAUUUAGAGUGGGGGGAAAAUAGGAGUCAGGCAUUUCCCAUAACAAGCUGAUUUCCAGAUAAGUUGACAGCCAUCGUCGCCCAAGCGGGUUACAUAUAAGAGCUAAUAGUCUUAGCACAUUUGCUAUUGUGCUUUGGACUAUGAUCUAAACUGUCAACAAAGAAUGUCAAAGAGAUGGGUAAUCUAGAUUAGGAUAAUUAUUAAAAACACCUUUCUUAAUACCCCUGUUACAUCUACUUCAUCCCCUCCCAGAAGCUGCUUUUGAAUUUAAAAGUCUAUGUAGAGUGUUCUUUUCUGGAGGGUGGUGUUCUCUUGGCUUCUUAUAAACUUACAAAGAACCUAUAAUUUAGGGAAAACUGAUUCCCUUCUCAUCCCCUAAUGGAUAUUUUAUAAGUGGUGAGAGAUAUACACCAUGGAAGGUAUUAUCGAUCACGAGAUUUAUUUUUGGCUUCAGAGAAGUGUAACAGCCUGUACGGUAUUUCUAAAAAUGCAGUUAUUUUAAGUAACCUAUCUUGAUGAUAUGACAUCUUUAAAUGCAUGUGGGGAAACACUGUCCCUUAACGCUGUUUUUCUAUGUGAUAGUUUCCAAAGUAGUUGAUUUCUGGGAGAUGUAGUAGCCUUAUGAAUUUAUAUUUGAUAUACAUCCUUUGCCAAAGGCACUAACAUAUUUGUUUCCUUUUAUAUUUAAACAUACUUAGAAUUCCCUUUUAAACAUGCUAAAUUCUUCAGUGUCAAAAUUAUUGUACAAGUUUUUUCUCCAUUAAAAAAAAAAAGGUUCUUACUAAAGCUGGCCAUCGUUAUCCAAAGUAUUUCUAAGACAAAUUAAAAUCAAUUUCAGGGACAAUUUCAGCCAUCGCAUUCAGUUCUCCAUUGAAUCCAAAUAAUGUUUUUGAAUUUUGAGCCGCCCAAAAUCAUUUUUGCUGAGAUGUGAAGCUAUAGAAAUAAAAUAAAAUAAAUAAUCCAAAAUGCCUUGCUUCUGCAGGAUAUUCCCAGUGAAGGAUGCAAAGUGAAGCUUCGAUAAGAUCAUAAACACAGUUGGGCUUCGUUUAGUGAAAGUAGUUGCUUAACAAUCAAGUUGCUUCUCCAGUUUUGAUAACUGAACAAGGGCUACCAAUAUUCAAUGGGAGAUGUUUCUGUAAUUUAGGAUUAUUGUUUUAAAUCUCAUAACUCUUUGAUGUACUUGAAAAACAUUUUCCUGUGUGCUCAGUAAUCUGUUUCCUUCAUUUCUUUGCCCAUUUGGCUAGUAUUGAUUAAAUUGUUAUGUGACAAAUUGUUGUCUGAUCUGUUGUGCUGUGCUAGGCUUUGACCCUUCUUGGCAAACUUCAGACUAGCUCCAGUUGCUACACAUUCUGGAUUUGUCAAAAAAAAAAUCACAGGUUUCUUGCUCUUCUCUGGCACUCAGUUCUGUAGCAGGAAACGCAGAUUCAUUAGCAAGAAGUUCACUUGAGUGACAUCUGCUUCAGCCAAUUCCUGCUUUUAAAGUGAGCCUGCAUAUUCCUUAUAUUCCUCAUGGUGUGCUUUAAGAUGUCUAUAUCAGGGAUUCAAUGAAAAUUCAAAUGGAUCAUUAAUUUAAGUCUCUUAAGAGAAACUCCAUAUAAGGAAGUGCAUUGAUUUUGUAUAGUAACUCCAUAUGUUUUGCCAUUUUGAAAAAUGGAUUGUAUUUAGUGGUCCAUUAACUGUUUCCAUUGUUGCAAUCUCAUUGAUCUUAAUAGAAUUAUACUAAAAUGUAAAUAUCUAUUAAAACCUGGGCAGAUGACUUGUACGCUGGUCUAACAUGGCAAAAUGGAAUGAAUGCUAUACUACUGAAA